GGCGCGCGCGCCCGGCCCUGCUCCCCGCGCCCGCGCCCUCGCACCGGGGCGGGCUCGCUGCGCGUGCCGGGCAGGAGGCGGCGCGGGCCGGCGCGGAGAACGUUCGCCGCGGGGGCGGCUCCGGGGCCUGAGCCGGCGCUCGCCGCUGCCGCCGCCGCCUCAGGCGAGGGGGGCCGGGCCGGAGACACCGUGGAGGCUGCGGCCGCGCGGAGCCCUUGCUGACGCCCCGAGCUUGGGCCGGGCAGCGAGCCAGGAUGAUUGAGGAAAGUGGGAACAAGCGGAAAAGCAUGGCGGAGAAGAGGCAGCUGUUCAUAGAGAUGCGUGCUCAGAACUUUGAUGUCAUCCGACUAUCAACGUACAGAACAGCUUGCAAGUUGCGAUUUGUACAGAAACGAUGCAACCUCCAUCUCGUCGAUAUCUGGAACAUGAUCGAAGCCUUCCGAGACAACGGCCUUAAUACCCUGGACCACACCACUGAGACAAGCGUGUCCCGCCUGGAGACUGUCAUCUCCUCCAUCUACUAUCAGCUCAACAAGCGCCUUCCCUCCACGCACCAGAUCAGCGUGGAGCAGUCCAUCAGCCUCCUGCUCAACUUCAUGAUUGCAGCGUAUGACAGUGAGGGCCGAGGCAAGUUGACGGUAUUUUCAGUUAAAGCUAUGUUAGCAACCAUGUGUGGUGGAAAAAUGCUGGACAAAUUACGAUAUAUUUUCUCCCAGAUGUCAGAUUCCAAUGGUUUAAUGAUAUUCAGCAAGUUUGACCAGUUCCUGAAGGAGGUUCUGAAGUUGCCCACAGCUGUCUUUGAGGGGCCGUCCUUUGGCUACACCGAGCACUCCGUCCGCACCUGUUUCCCACAGCAGAAGAAGGUCAUGCUCAACAUGUUCCUAGACACCAUGAUGGCCGACCCUCCCCCGCAGUGCCUUGUCUGGCUGCCUCUCAUGCACAGGCUGGCGCACGUGGAGAAUGUCUUCCACCCCGUGGAGUGCUCCUACUGCCGCUGUGAGAGCAUGAUGGGUUUCCGGUACCGAUGCCAGCAGUGCCACAACUACCAGCUCUGCCAGAACUGCUUUUGGCGUGGCCAUGCCAGUGGCAACCACAGCAACCAGCACCAGAUGAAGGAGCACUCAUCUUGGAAAUCCCCUGCGAAGAAGCUGAGCCAUGCAAUUAGCAAGUCUUUGGGGUGCAUGCCUACCCGAGAGCCAUCACAUCCCGUUUUUCCUGAGCAACCAGAGAAGCCACUAGACCUCGCUCAUAUAGUCCCUCCCCGCCCUCUGACUAAUAUGAAUGACACCAUGGUCAACCAUGCGUCCUCUGGAGUGCCCACGCCCACCAAGAGGUUACAGUAUAGCCAGGAUGCCCCCAGCCCCUUGGCCGAUGAGCACGCACUGAUAGCCUCCUAUGUGGCCCGUCUGCAGCAUUGUGCACGUGUCCUGGACAGUCCUAGCCGACUGGAUGAGGAGCACCGGCUUAUAGCUCGCUAUGCUGCCCGGCUGGCCGCAGAAGCAGGAAAUGUGACCCGUCCUCCUGCCGACCUGAGCUUCAACUUCGAUGCCAACCAACAGCAACGACAGCUCAUUGCAGAACUGGAAAACAAAAACAGGGAGAUCCUGCAGGAGAUCCAGCGCCUGCGCCUGGAGCAUGAGCAGGCCUCCCAGCCGACACCCGAGAAGGCCCAGCAGAACCCCACCCUGCUGGCUGAGCUGCGGCUGCUGAGGCAGAGGAAAGACGAGCUGGAGCAGAGGAUGUCGGCGCUGCAGGAGAGCCGGCGGGAGCUGAUGGUGCAGCUGGAGGGGCUGAUGAAACUGCUGAAGGAGGAAGAGCAAAAGCAGGCAGCUCAGGCCACAGGAUCACCACACACAUCACCCACGCACGGAGGUGGCCGCUCCAUGCCCAUGCCUGUCCGCUCCACGUCUGCAGGCUCCACGCCCACCCACUGCCCGCAGGACUCGCUGAGCGGCGUCGGGGGAGAUGUGCAAGAGGCCUUUGCACAAGGUACCAGGAGAAACCUCCGCAGUGAUUUGCUGGUGGCCGCUGACUCCAUCACCAACACCAUGUCAUCCCUGGUGAAGGAGCUGCGAUCAGCAGAGGAAGGUGCCGAGGAAGAAGAAGAGAAGAUACAGAAUGGGAAAGACAGAGGUUAGCAGAAGAGUCGGGUCGCAGAGAGG